AUGAGUCCCACCCUGGCUUGUAUUGUCCCCCUGGGAUUAGCAUUUUUAAUAUGUCAAACGCAGGGUUUUUUCCUGCCUAAUGCCACUCAUUUGGAGAAGCUUCUGAGUAAAUACCAGAACGACCAGCCUCAUUCCAGAAGCAAGAGAGCCAUCCCCAGGGCAGACAGGGAAGAGAUACUAAUGCUUCACAACAAACUGAGAGGUCAGGUCUACCCAUCAGCCUCCAAUAUGGAAUACAUGACCUGGGAUGAUGAGUUGGAAAAGUCAGCAACGGCCUGGGCCCAGGAAUGUAUCUGGGAACAUGGACCUGCCACCCUCCUUGUGUCCAUUGGUCAGAAUCUGGCAGUCCACUGGGGCAGGUAUCGUUCUCCAGCCUUCCAUGUCCAGUCAUGGUAUGAUGAAGUAAAAGAUUAUACAUAUCCUUACCCUCAUGAAUGUAACCCUUGGUGUCCGGAGAGAUGUUCAGGGCCUAUGUGCACCCAUUACACCCAGAUAGUUUGGGCAACUACCAACAAGGUCGGAUGUGCUGUGAAUACAUGCAGAAGGAUCAAUGUCUGGGGAGACGUAUGGGAGAAUGCAGUCUAUCUCGUCUGCAAUUAUUCUCCAAAGGGAAAUUGGAUUGGAGAAGCUCCAUAUAGAAAUGGCCGGCCUUGCUCUGAAUGUCCACCCAGUUACGGUGGAGGCUGCAGGAAUAACCUCUGUUAUCGAGAUGAGACUUAUGCUCAGAAGCCUGAGACCGAUGAGACGAACGAGGUGGAAAUGUCUCAGAUUCCUGAGGAGAAGCACGUAUGGAUCCAACCGAGGGUAACCAAACCCACCAAGACCAAGAAAACCACCACAGACAAUUAUAUGACACAAAUCAUCAAAUGUGAGACCAAAAUGAGGGACAAGUGUAAAGGGUCCACGUGCAACAGGUAUCAGUGCCCAGCAGGCUGUUUCAACAACAAGGCGAAAAUUUUUGGAACUCUUUUUUAUGAAAGCUCCUCUAGCAUAUGCCGGGCUGCCAUCCAUUUCGGUGUCAUAGACGAUAAAGGAGGUCUGGUUGACAUCACCAGGAAUGGGAGGGUCCCCUUUUUUGUGCGUUCUGAAAGGAAUGGUAUUGCAUCUUUAAGUAAAUACAAGGCUUCUAACUCAUUCAUGGUUUCCAAAGUAACAGUGCAGGACCUGGAUUGUUAUAGCACCGUUGCUGAGCUGUGUCAGUUUGAGAAGCCAACAAAACACUGCCCAAGAAUUCGUUGUCCAGCCCACUGUAAGAAUGAGCCGUCAUACUGGGCUCCAGUGUAUGGGACCAACAUUUAUGCAGACACUUCGAGUAUCUGCAGGACAGCAGUACAUGCUGGAGCCAUCAAAGAUGAAACUGGAGGUUAUGUGGAUGUGAUGCCCGUAGAUAAGAAGAAGAUUUAUGUUGGUUCGCUCAGGAAUGGGAUUCAGUCUGAAAGGUAG